CUGCAUCAAGAGAUCGUAACUCAUAAACCAGCGGUGAGCUCUCUGAUACCAAACCAACUAUUUACAUCAGAAGAUUUCUAUACUUUGAUUUCCAAACCACUGCAGCCAUGGCACCAAUUCUGCUCAAUUGCUUGGGAAAUGACCGGAAGGAAUAUUUGGAAGAAACAUUUCAUGUGAACAAUCCCAACUUGGACGGCAUGGAAGAGGACAUUCUCUAUCACUUCAGCCUGGGCACAAAGACCCACAACCUUCCUGAGAUGUUUGGAGACAUCAAGUUUGUGUGUGUUGGGGGGAGUGCCAAACGCAUGAAGGCCUUUGCCCAGUUCAUACACACGGAGCUGAAUCUGCCCGGGAGCAAUGAUGAACCCAAGGACAUCUGCGAGGCAACCGAUCGCUACUGCAUGUACAAAGUUGGACCCGUGCUUUCCAUGAGCCAUGGCAUGGGUGUCCCUUCCAUCUCCAUCAUGCUGCAUGAGCUCAUCAAGCUCCUUCACCACGCCCACUGUCGGGACGUGGUUCUCUUUCGCCUGGGCACCUCUGGGGGAGUCGGGCUGGCUCCGGGGACGGUGGUGGUGUCAGAGAAGGCGUUGGACUACAACUUCCUACCCCAGUUCGAGCAGGUGGUCCUGGGAAAAGUGAUCAUGAGGAGCACGGAGCUGGACGCGGGCGUGUCCCGGGAGCUCCUGCAGUGCUCCAAAGAGCUCCCCAACCUCCCGGCCGUCAUCGGGAACACCAUGUGCACCAACGACUUCUAUGAAGGCCAAGGGCGGCUGGACGGAGCUCUGUGCUCCUUCUCCCACGCGGAGAAGCUGGAGUACCUGCAGAGAGCCUACGAGGCCGGGGUCCGCAACAUCGAGAUGGAGUCCACCGUCUUCGCCGCCAUGUGCCGCGUGUGUGGCCUCAAAGCGGCCGUGGUCUGCGUGACCCUGCUGAACCGCUUCGACGGCGACCAGAUCACCAGCCCCGAGGACGUCCUGGUGGAGUACCAGCAGAGGCCGCAGGUCCUGGUGGCCCACUACAUCAAAAAACGCCUUGCACUCAUCGCCCUGACCCCGCCCUAAAGCCUCAAGCCCUGCCCUAAAGCCUCUAACCCCGCCCUCAAGCCUCUAACCCCGCCCUCAAGCCUCUAACCCCGCCCUAAAGCCUCAAGCCUCUAACCCCGCCCUAAAGCCUCAAGCCCUGCCCUAAAGCCUCUAACCCCGCCCUAAAGCCUCAAGCCCUGCCCUAAAGCCUCUAACCCCGCCCUCAAGCCUCUAACCCCGCCCUCAAGCCUCUAACCCCGCCCUCAAGCCUCUAACCCCGCCCUCAAGCCUCUAACCCCGCCCUCAAGCCGCCAACCUUGCACCGCUACGAAUGAAGUGUAUAUAAUAUAUACAUUAUAUUAUAUAGAUAUGUGUAUAAGGAUGGAUUCAUGUGAUUACCAUGUGGAUAUGUGUUCUUACUCCUCACGCUUUGGUGCUUCUGAUAAGCUUCUAGUUAUUAUAUAAAGAGUUACCUUUUUUGACCUAAAGAAUGUAUGAUUUUAUUACAAUCACUUGCUCAUUAUUUAACGUAUUUAACAAAAUAAUUUUGUUCUGUAUUUAUAUUAUAUGUACUGUGAAGUGUAUUGUGUAUAAUGUUACAGUGUCAUGUUGAAUAUGAAAAAAUAAAGUGUUCUUAAAGCUUAA